AUGGAAGUUAAGUUGGAAGAAGACGUAGAUGAUGGAUCGAAGGUGGAUAUGAGUAGUGCAAUAGAUGAGUUAUGGAAAAGGUUUAAGUCACUGGAUGUUGUUGGGAAAAUGGCAUUAAAAAGUAAGGUUUUUGAACUUGUCUUCCCUACAAUGACUUCUAUGUGUCCACCACCUGAGAAAAUAAAAACUAAAGGGGGAGUCAAGAAGAAAGACAAAAAACCAGUAGGAUAUGAUGUUUAUAGAGACCCUUCGUAUCACGAGUAUGUUGAUCAAGCAUCUCAAUCUUCACAGAUGCAAUCUCAACCAUCACAAACUUCGAAGAAAUUGAAAUUAUCACAGUCUUCACAAAGUAAAUCUCAACCAUCACAGGCUUCGAAGAAGUUGAAAUUAUCACAAUCUUCACAGUCAUCUAAGCAGUUCAUCCUUCAAUUUCCUAAUCACAUCAGGUCAUAUAUUGAUGAUAUAGUUAAUGUUGUAUCAGAUGGUAAUUGUGGAUUUCGAGUCAUUGCUUCAUUGUAUGGAUAUGGUGAAGAUGUGAAUCGUUAUAAUGUUGUACUUGUCUGUUUAGGAAUUGAAUGUUGGACUUUCUUCCCUAUGACAACUUCAUUUUCACCGAAUGUAGCAAUUUACUGCAUUGGUUUUGUAAACAUAAAUCAUUGGGUUCAGGUAAACAUGAAAGAAGGGUUUCCAUUGCCACCAGUGACAGUAGAUUGGAAGAAGUUUCGUUCUCCAGCAGCAACAUCUUGGAUGAUAGGAUUUGCAGGACGUCUACAACAUUGGCAACAACUUACGCCUAUAUUACCAACACAUUACGAAUUAUAA